AUGCCUCAACCGUGCUUUGAUGAUAUGAAGCUCUUCAUUUGGUCAGGCGAAACGAAUCCUCGACAAUCGGCGGAAUGCGGCUAUUCUUCAACCCCAGUUCUUUUCAUCCACGGCUGCGACGCUGAAGGCAAGUCUGUGUGUUGCGGCUUUUCCUCCGAAAGCAGAACAGAAAAAGAACGAAUUCUUCUUUGCCUCAAUGUUAGAAUGGAGGAACAUCUCUCCGACGCAGAAACCGUCGUCAACUUCGACCUUACCGAGGAUCAACUUUCCGACACUGAAUCAAUCGGCUCUGCUUCAACCUUCAUUCGUCGCGCCACUGCCCGCAGCUCACUUCGCAGCGAAUACAGUACUCUUGAUCUGAGUAAGUGGGAGGCUGCUUCGCUGGCGAGCAGUAGCGUUUUUGACGACUCGGGCAAUGCAAUUAUGGGCUACAGGGAUCUUGUUAGCGAGUUGCGAAAUGUUGAAAGGGAGAAUUUCACCCUCAAGCCAUUUUCGGGUUCACAUUAG